AUGUGCGCGUGUCGACAGAAAAAGUCUUCCUUCUUUAUAAAAGAUAUUCUAUGUAAAGAUAAGAAAGUUAUUGACAAUGGCGAUACUGGCAAAGAUGUUCACACAAAUACCAAUAUUCGGACGGGAGUCCCGGAAUUAGAUAUUGAACAUAGAAGAAACACAUUUCCUGUGUAUCCCACGCCCAUUAAACCAAAUUAUGGCUGGCCAUAUAAAUUGAAGAGCUUUGAAAGACAACCUGCUGUAUUUAGCGAACCGAUGUUCAAUUCAAACCUCUUGCGUGGUCAGUUAUCUUGGAACAGGUUCCCGUCGCCACGGCCGGCGUCAUUUAGCUUACGACUGCCUUACAACAUUGAAAGAGCGUCGUGCUGCAGUCCUUGGUGGGGCGUGGGAGGAAGAAGAAAAGGGGGGCAGGUGAGAUUUAGCGCUGCGCAAACGGGUGCUCUUGAACGGAGGUUUAGUGCAAGUAAAUACCUGAGUCCUGAUGAGAGAAGAGCAUUGGCUUCAUCGCUAAGACUAAGCGACAGACAAGUUAAAACGUGGUUUCAAAAUCGACGUGCUAAGUGGCGUAGGACCACAUCAGAAUGUUCAGACCCUGGCAGCCCCAGCAGUGCCAAUGAGGAAUCUGAAGAUGAUGUACUCAUUUCUGAUCCUUGACAUCAAGGUCAUCAUUUACUCUACACCAUAAAAUAUUUCACGACACCAUUUGCGACCAAAUAUGUUUAUAAAACUGUUACAUAAUAAGAAUUACAAGACUACUUUUAAUUUAGUUAUAUAGUAGAUUAAUACACAUAAACGUGUCUUAAACUAUAGAAAUGGCUAAAUAUAAAUAUAUGUUCUUAAUUAUAAAUAUAUGUUCAAAUUAAUUUCAGAAGGUUAAAUAUAAUUUCGUACGAAAUUGUUAGAAGUAUAGAAAAGUAUGUCUAGUCAAAAGUAGAAGUCAAAAUGUUUUUAGUUAAGCGAUAUUGUUUAAGUGUAUUUUAAAUAGUUACAUAAUAAUCCAAUCUUCUCAAGCAUACCUACCUACCAUCGUUUUAAGUCUACGGGCACAGAUGGGGCUAAUAAAGUACAACAAUACUUAUAAAUUAUUUUAAUUCCGUUAGCAAUAAUUGUUUUUGAUCAUGUUUUUCUACAUGUAAUUAUUGGUUUGGUUUUUAAUAAUAAUAACUCGUUUAUUUGCAAAGAAUCUGUUUAACACAUUGAAAUAAACUUCUUUUAGGGAGAUAAACGCGGACAACUUUAUUUACACGAUAAAAAACGAUUGCUCAAAAGCACGCGAAACGUCGUAUUUAAAUAUCCAUCAAAUUAAAAUUUCUUAUAUUGAUGAAAGUAAAAGCAACAUAUUAUUUUUGUAGUCGUUAAGACCAUGCGUUUAUAUCCCUACUUAAUGUGGAUCCAUUUCGCAAUAACACUUGAUUUUACAAUGAAGAAAAAUAUAGGUAAUCUGGAAAUAUAUUUGAACUAAAAACGACAAUCCCCAAUCUGCUUAGCCAGCAACAAAAACAUAGUGAAGAUUGGUGUAUACAUCAGGAAACUUCGUUAUUUACCAAAAGUAUUGGCCUUAGUAGGUACAAAUCGUAGUCUGUUAAUAAUAAUCUGGAAACAAAGUUUACACGUUCAAAACCGAAUUACAUCAGCUUAUCAUCAAUAUUUGUAAUAUUUUUAUUAUAUGUAUAGAUUUAUUGUAGCGUUUAAAAAUACGAACGUAUCAGCUAAUAACUAUUAAUUGAAGAUAGUAUAAUAAGCGAUAGGUUUGGAAAGACGUCAGUGGAAUUAUCAAAGAUUUCAAUCGGUACGGAUUAACUUGUAAAUAUCAAUGUAAUAUUUUUAGAAUGGCAAAUAGGUAUAUGCAGC